AUGACUGCUGCUUCUGCUCUUGAAUCUGGUAUUCAAAAUUUGAACAUAUAUAAGAAUGUUGGUGAUAAUGAAUCAGCCGCAAGUCUUAAACAUGGUUAUAUUGAUUCUCCAUUUCAAGGUAAGAAAGAUCAAUUUGAUCAAGUUUUAGAUUAUUUGGAUUCAACUGGUUUCAUUCCUGAAUCAUUAAUUGAAUCUGAAACUAAAUGGUUUUAUGAAUGUUUAGGUAUUGAUGAUGUAUUUUUCGCUAGAUCUUCUCCACAAGAAAUUGCUUCCCAUAUUCAUGCUUUAUAUUCUUGUAAAGUUCAAGCUUAUUCAAGUAUCAAUUUAGAUGGUGAUCAACCUUUAAUUAGCUACAAACGUGAAUCUGAUGAUCAUGCAGUAUUUUUUGAUACUGUGGAUACUGAUCGUUAUCAAAGAAAUCAAUUUGAAUCUACCAUUGAUGAUAAAUACAUUGAUCCAAGUUGUACUGCUGAUAAGAGUCACCGUACUGAAUAUUUCAGUGCUCCAUUGAAUUAUAAAUCAGAUGCUAUUUUACUGGGUGUUUACCAAAAGAACAAGGAAUUGAAAGAACAAUAUGUUAGAUUAUUCUUUGUUUACAAGAAUCAAUAUAAUAUUCAAGAAGAAGUUUCUCCAAAUGAAACUGAUAUCAAUAAGAUUGGUGAUUCUACCUUUUUGAAGAUUGCUUCCGAAAAGACUAAGAGUUUAUACCUGGAAAUCAUUGGUGAUGUUAUUAAGACUACCGGUCCUGUUAUUAGACAUUUCCCACUUGAAGAUACUGAAGAAUACAGAGUUGUUAUUGGUUACAGACAAAAGACUUCUGCUAGAUAUAAUUCUGCUUUAAGUGAUUUAGCUAACUAUUACAAGCUACACACUACUAGAAAAUAUGUUGAACAAUUUGCUAAUGGUGUCACUAUUAUUUCCAUGUAUGUUACUUCCAAGUCGAAAAAAUCUCAAGUUGAUUUGUCAAUUUAUCAAGUUAUUAAGGAAGCUUCUUUAUUAUAUUGUAUUCCUCACAAUUAUUUCCACGAUAGAUUCAUUGAAGGUGAAUUAUCAUUACAAGAAGCCAUUUAUGCUCAAUCCGGUGUUAUUUUUGUUACUCAUUUCUUGAAUCGUCUUGGUCCAGAAUAUUCAAAAUUGAUUUCCUUAUUAGAUCCAUCAAAAUCCGAAGAACAUGCUGAAGUUUUAGGUAGUUUAAAGAGAAGAUUAAGAUCUGAAACUUAUACUCAAGAUUACAUUAAGGAAGUUUUUGAUACUAGAAGAGAUAUUGUCCGUAAAUUAUAUCGUUCAUUUGCUGAUGUCCAUUAUAUUAGAUCUUCCAUGGAAAAGACUUUAAGUUACCAAAGAUUAUCUCAAAUCACUCCAGUUGGCUCCGAAGCUGAAUUUGAACAAUUAUUGAACCGUGAAUGUUCUCAAAAUGAACAUCAUGCUAUUGUUUUAAGAGCCUUGUAUGCUUUCAACAAGUCUAUUUUGAAAACUAACUUCUAUACUUCCACCAAGGUUGCCCUUUCCUUCAGAUUAGAUCCAUCCUUCUUGCCUGCAUCUGAAUACCCAGAACGUCCAUAUGGUAUGUUCUUUGUUGUUGGUUCUGAUUUCAGAGGUUUCCAUAUUAGAUUUAGAGAUAUUGCUCGUGGUGGUAUUAGAAUUGUUAGAUCUAGAUCUCAAGAUGCUUAUAAUGUCAAUGCUCGUAACUUAUUUGAUGAAAACUAUAACUUGGCAAACACUCAACAACGUAAGAAUAAGGAUAUUCCAGAAGGUGGUUCCAAGGGUGUUAUUUUAUUAGAUCCAACUUCUUCUGCUCAAGAUCGUCCACAAGCUUGUUUUGAAAAGUAUAUUGAUGCUUUAAUUGAUUUAUUAUUGAAACAACAUAUUCCUGGUGUCAAGGAUACAUACGUUGACUUGUACAAGAAGCCAGAAAUUUUAUUCCUUGGUCCAGAUGAAGGUACUGCUGGUUAUACCAAUUGGGCUACUUUACAUGCUCGUGAUCGUGGUGCUCCAUGGUGGAAGUCUUUCUUAACUGGUAAGAGUCCAGAAUUGGGUGGUAUUCCUCAUGAUGAAUAUGGUAUGACUACUUUAUCUGUUCGUGCUUAUGUCAAUAAGAUUUAUGAAAAGUUGAAUAUUGAUGAUAGCAAGAUUAGAAAAUUCCAAACUGGUGGUCCAGAUGGUGAUUUAGGAUCUAAUGAAAUUUUACUUUCUAGAGGUGAAAACUAUGUUGGUCUUGUUGAUGGUUCUGGUGUUAUCUGUGAUCCUAAAGGUUUGGAUAAGGAAGAAUUAAUCAGAUUGGCCAAGGAACGUAAGAUGAUUGAACAUUAUGAUAGAUCAAAAUUAUCUCCUCAAGGUUAUGUUGUUUUGGUUGAUGAUAUGGAUGUCACUUUACCUAAUGGACAAGUUGUCACUACUGGUGUUGCAUUCAGAAACACUUUCCACACUAAGUUAAAGGAACAAUAUGGUGCUCAUGGUGUUGAUUUAUUUGUACCAUGUGGUGGUAGACCAGCUGCUAUUGAUACUCACAAUGUUCAUGAUUUCAUUGAUGAAAAGACUGGUAAAUCAAUUAUUCCAUACUUUGUUGAAGGUGCUAACUUAUUCAUUACUCAAUCUGCUAAACUUAUCUUGGAAAAGGCUGGUGGCAUUGUUAUUUUCAAGGAUGCUUCAACCAACAAGGGUGGUGUUACUUCUUCUUCAUUAGAAGUUCUUUCCGCAUUGGCAUUUGAUGAUAAAUCUUUCCUUGAAAACAUGUGUGUUAACUCAGAAACUGGUGCCAAGCCUCAAUUCUAUAAGGAUUAUGUUAAGGAUGUUCAAAAGAUUGUUGUCAAGAAUGCUGAAUCUGAAUUUGAAGCUCUUUGGAAACUUCAUCAAGAUACUGGAAAACCAUUCACUAUUCUUUCUGAUGAAUUAUCUGUUGCUAUCAAUAAGCUUGGUGAUGAAUUGGCUAAUUCCAAAGAACUUUGGGAUGAUGAUGUUGCUUUCAGAAAUGCUGUUUUGUUAGAUUCUUUGCCACCAUUAUUAUUGGAACAAGUUGGUAUUGAAAAUGUUUUGGUUCGUGUUCCAGAAGCUUAUUUAAGAGCUAUUUUUGCUACUUAUUUGGCAUCCAAGUUUGUCUACUCUAGAGGAGUUGACUCUAAUCCAGCUAAGUUUUUGGAAUUUAUUAGUUCUCUUAGAAAAGAAUUUGUUAAAUUGGGUUUACUUAAAUAUUAA